AUGGACGCAUCCGAUCGCUACAUCGAGAGAGCUGAGCGCGAUGCCAGCCCUGAACGCUUCCCCACUGCUCCAGGACACACGGACACGGGCGAGAAAAUAGAGCAACACGAGGAGAUUGAGCGCACACAUACGGCCUCUAGUGCAGCGUCGUCACUGUCUUCAUCAUCCGACGCAUCUGCUGCAGAGCGCGAUGGUGGCAUGUCUAGAAUGGCCACACAGCGCGACGAUGUCUUGGACCUCGAACGUCAUGCUACAGCUCUGAGCCGAAUCCAGACGCAGCGGUCACAACACAGUCAGACGGUUGGAGCCAGUCUCAAGAGCAGAACGUCCAAGAAGCCAUUGCCUGCCUUCGGAGCAGGGAAGCCAUAUCCACCACCACUACCAGACCGAGAGGAGUAUGUGGUCGAAUUCAAUGGACACGAUGACCCUCUUCAUGCGCAGAAUUGGCCCAUGAAGAAGAAGCUUGCCACAGCUACUAUGCUGGGGUUCACUACCCUCACAGCUGCGUUUGGCAGUUCCAUCUUCAGCGCUGCGACUGGUGCCAUUAUGCAGAAAUUCAAUGUUGGCUCGGUUGUGGCGACGCUGGGUACAUCGUUGUACGUUCUGGGUUUCGCAACUGGGCCUAUCCUAUGGGCACCUUUCUCCGAACUCAAAGGCCGACGCCUGCCUCUUGUCAUCGCCUCUUUCGGUUUCGCAGUCUUCAAUCUUGCAGUCGCUACGGGCAAGGACGUUCAGACUGUGUUGAUUUGUAGAUUUUUCUCUGGUUUCUUUGGCGCUUGUCCACUGACCUGUGUCGCCGCAGUAUUCAGUGACAUGUUUGACAAUCGCACGCGCGGAAUGGCCAUCACCGUCUUCUCCAUGACAGUCUUUACCGGUCCCAUAUUCGCACCCUUUGUUGGAGGCUUCAUCGUCAUGUCAGACCUCGGAUGGCGCUGGAUCGAAUACCUCGUCUGCAUCAUGGGAUUCGCCGCCUUUAUAAUCAACAUUAUUUUCCUCUCUGAGUCCUACCCACCAGAGAUCCUUGUCUUGAAGGCAGCCGAGCUCCGCCGCCGCACUAAAAACUGGGGUAUCCACGCCAAACAAGACGAGAUCGAAAUCGACUUCAAAGAGCUGGUGCAGAAGAAUUUCUCGCGGCCGCUGAGAAUGCUGUUCACUGAGCGCAUCGUAUUGCUGCUUAGUGUGUACAUGGCUUUCAUCUACGGCCUCUUGUACCUCUUCCUAACUGCGUACCCGCUCGUCUUUCAGGGCGUACAUGGCAUGAAUCUUGGUGUUGGUAGUCUACCAUUUUUCGGAAUGAUCACCGGACAACUCCUAGCCGGUACACUGAUCUUCAUCCGUCAACCGGGCUACCAGAAGAAACUUGCCGCCAACAAAAAUGUCCCCAUUCCCGAAUGGAGAUUGCCAGAGGUCAUUCUGGGAGGCAUAUGCUUCUCCGUCGGCAUCUUUUGGUUCGGAUGGACAGGCUAUCGCCAAGAUAUUCACUGGAUUGUGCCUACACUCUCUGGAAUCUUAAUCGGCUUCGGUCUGCUCAGUAUCUUCCUUCAGGCCCUAAACUACCUCGUCGAUGCCUAUCUCAUGUUCGCCGCCUCAGCUAUCGCAGCAAACACAUUCCUCCGCAGUCUCUGCGGCGCCGCUUUCCCCUUGUUCGCAAGGCAAAUGUUCGAGGGCAUGGGCAUACAGUGGGCCGCCACGCUGCUCGGUUGCGUUGCUGCGCUCCUCGUCCCCGUUCCCGUGUGGUUUUAUCUCAGGGGUGCGAAGAUCAGGGAGAAGAGUGCUUAUGCGCCUACUACCAAGCCAGCUUCUGCAGACGAGUAG